AUGGAAAAUCUAACAAACGAUUGGCGCAAGUUGUCGUUAAAUGAUAAAGAAGGAGGUAAACUUGUAGUAAAGAAGGACAGAGUAUCUCAUGAGUUCGCGAUUGUGGCAAGAUUCCUAACCAAGAAAGUUUUGAAUACUGAUGCGAUAAUCAGAACUUUUAGCCCUCUGUGGCGAUCAAGGAAUGGCUUUAAGGUCCGCAACGCAGGAGACCACAUACUGAUUUUUGAGUUUGACAAUGCGGAGGAGGUUGGAAAAAUUUUGGCAAGCGAGCCGUGGAGUUUCGACAGGCACCUAGUCGUUCUUCAAAAAUUGGCUAAUGCAAUCCCAAUUCAGGAUAUGGCUUUGAACACAGUAUCUCUUUGGGUACAAGUCCAUAACAUGCCGAUCAGUUUUUUAAGCAAGGGUGUAGCGGAGGAUUUAUGUGACGUAGUGGGGAUAGUGGAUCGUAGUACAAGUGAUGCGGAUGUUGACAGAGGUAGCUUUUUUCGAGUCCGUGUGCGAGUGGACAUCUCUAUACCUCUCUGUAGGGGACGGGUUCUUUCCAUUGAAGAUGAAGAAGAGCAUUGGGUAACGUUCAAAUACAAACGUCUUCCUAAUAUAUGCUACUAG